CGCAGUCUGGGCUGGGUCUGGUUGCUGCUUACAAGGAGAGGCUCUUUGGUAUUCAUGCAGUGAUAACCUAAUCUUUUUCUCCCCUUUUUAAAAUCCCUUUCCCCCCUUUUCACUCAGAAGGGAGUCUCAUGUCUUUCUUCUAGACAUGAUGGACUUUGUACAUUUAAGGACUUUCCUUUUUUUGGCGCUCUCCAUCGCUCAGGUUUUGAUUGUUACAUGCCAGGAUGAUGAAGAUGAUGGCAGCUGCACAGCAGAUGGCCAAGUAUACCCAAACAGGGACAUCUGGAAGCCGGAGCCAUGCCGGAUCUGUGUGUGCGAUAACGGCCAGGUCCUCUGUGACAAUAUCCAGUGUGAAGAGCUGAUCAACUGCGAGAAGAUGUUCAUCCCCGAGGGAGAGUGCUGCCCCAUAUGUCAGAGUGAAACCUCCACUGGGGGCGGAGGUGGCGGCGGCGGAGGGGGCACUUAUGGUGGGGGCAGAGUUUACAAGGGCCAGAAAGGAGAGCCUGGUGAUGUCCCAAUUGUGACUGGAAUUCGAGGUCGUCCUGGACCAAUGGGACCACCUGGUGCACCAGGAGAAAGAGGACCCAGAGGAAAUAAAGGAAGGCCCGGCCUGCGAGGCACUCCAGGUUACGAUGGAGAGCCUGGAGUUCCAGGUCAGCCUGGUGAACCCGGACCUCCAGGGCACCCGACGCAUCCAGGAGGCCUUGGGGCGCAGAUGGCUGGAGUGUUGGAAGGAAAAAAUGCACCGCAAAGCAUAUUAAGUGGCUCAAGGGGUGAACCUGGAGCAAGAGGAGCUCCUGGGCCCACUGGUUCGCCUGGUCAAGCUGGACCACAAGGACCAUCCGGAGAUGUUGGGGAUCCAGGGCAUAUGGGUCCGUCUGGCCAAAGAGGACCUGAGGGUCCUCCGGGGAAACCAGGAGAAGACGGUGAACCAGGCAAGUCAGGAAAUACUGGAGAAGUUGGGUUCCCAGGGUCACAAGGAGCAAGAGGAUUUCCAGGUACACCAGGGCCUCCUGGCCUAAAAGGUCACAGAGGGCAUGGAGGACCACUUGGUCAAAAAGGAGAGCAUGGAGCAGUUGGAUCAAAGGGUGCCACAGGCCCACCUGGUCCAAUGGGAGGGCCUGGACCAAUGGGUCCUGCUGGUAUGCCUGGGGAGAGGGGUCGCUCUGGACCUGGUGGUACACCGGGUAAGCGUGGUCUACCUGGAAAUGUUGGAAAACCAGGUCCAAUGGGUCCUCUGGGUCUCAGUGGCCCUCCAGGAUAUCCGGGAACACCAGGCAUGAAGGGACAACCAGGCCCUACAGGUGUUCGGGGUCCAGAGGGUCCUCAAGGUCAGAGAGGAGAGACUGGUCAUCUGGGAAGACCUGGACCAGUUGGUCUAAGGGGACCCAUGGGUACAGACGGUGGCCCGGGAGCCAAAGGACCAGUGGGAAAUCUUGGUCCACAAGGCCCAGGUGGACAUCUUGGACCCGCCGGCCCUCCGGGACCUCAGGGAAGCACCGGCCAGCCUGGCAUCAAAGGACAACUGGGGGAUGUGGGUGUACCCGGGUUUAAGGGAGAGGCUGGACCCAAAGGAGAAGUUGGUCCCCAUGGAUCCCAGGGAGUGAUUGGGCCUCAGGGUGAGGAAGGGAAGCGGGGGCCUAGGGGAGAUCCUGGAACUGUUGGUCCCCCUGGUCCUGUUGGUGAGAGAGGUUCCCCGGGUAAUCGAGGAUUCCCUGGUGCUGAUGGGCUUCCUGGACCGAAGGGUUCUCAAGGAGAUCGUGGAACAUCUGGCCCAUCAGGACCAAAAGGUUCCUUAGGUGACCCAGGCCGUACAGGAGAACCUGGUCUACCAGGUGCAAGGGGUCUUACUGGUACUCCUGGAGUCCAGGGAGCAGAGGGAAAGCCAGGGCCACUGGGUGCACCUGGUGAAGAUGGUCGCCCCGGCCCAGCAGGCUCCAUUGGAAAUAGAGGGCCUGCAGGGACAAUGGGAAUACCAGGCCCCAAGGGAUUUAAUGGUGACCCGGGAAAGACUGGUGAACAGGGAUCUGCAGGAGUAGCUGGUCAAAGGGGUCCCCCUGGAAAAGAUGGAGAGGUGGGCCCAGCUGGCCCACCUGGUCCAUCGGGGGUUGCAGGUGACAGAGGAGAACAGGGACCUCCAGGUGUGAAUGGAUUCCAGGGUUUACCAGGAAAUCAAGGACCUCCUGGAGAAUCUGGGAAACCUGGUGACCUAGGCAUUCCUGGAGAGCUCGGCGCUGUUGGUCAAAUUGGACCUAGGGGUGAGCGUGGAAUACCUGGGGAGAGAGGCGAGCUGGGUCCUAUUGGUCUGCAGGGACCCAAGGGAAUCCCUGGAGCACCUGGUCCGGAUGGGCCGAAGGGUAGUCCUGGUCCUCCUGGUGCUCUUGGUGAUGUGGGUCCUCCAGGUCUUCAGGGAAUGCCAGGAGAAAGGGGCAUCUCUGGCCCCUCUGGUCCGAAAGGUGAUAGAGGUGCCAUUGGUGAGAAAGGAUCAGAAGGUACACCUGGAAAUGAUGGCGCAAGGGGUGCACCUGGCCCUGUUGGCCCAUUAGGACCUGCAGGACCCAGUGGUGAAAAGGGAGAACCUGGACCAAAAGGACCAGCUGGACCUCCAGGUUCUAGAGGGGUGCCUGGAGCAAGAGGCGACAAUGGCCCAAUUGGUGCGGUUGGUUUUGCUGGACCACCUGGUCCUGAUGGCCAACCUGGAGUUAAAGGAGAGACUGGAGAGCCUGGCCAGAAAGGAGAUGCUGGUUCCCCAGGACCUCAAGGCCUAGCUGGUGCUCACGGACCUCCUGGGCCCAUAGGUGUUGCUGGACUAAAAGGUGGAAGAGGAACACAGGGUGCACCGGGACCCACUGGCUUCCCUGGAUCUGCAGGAAGAGUUGGCCCACCUGGUCCAACUGGUCCAGUUGGUGAACCUGGACCACUGGGAGCUCCUGGAAAAGAGGGUCCUGCCGGUCUACGUGGUGACCAUGGAGCAAAUGGAAGACAAGGAGAGCGAGGACCACCGGGACCGCCAGGAAGCCCAGGAGACAAGGGAGAUUCUGGAGAAGAUGGCCCAACGGGUCCUGACGGUCCUCCAGGCCCAGCUGGAACUACAGGCCAGAGAGGCAUUGUGGGUCUUCCAGGUCUUCGAGGAGAACGGGGUAUGCCAGGUCUGCCAGGGCCAGCAGGCCCACCAGGAAAACAGGGUUCCCCUGGAUCAACUGGAGAAAAAGGACCACCAGGACCAGUUGGCGUUCCAGGGGCCAACGGCCCACGUGGUGAUCCUGGUCCUGAUGGCCCUGCUGGCUCUGAUGGUCCACCAGGCAAAGAAGGUAUUCUUGGACAACGGGGAGACAGAGGUGAUCAUGGUCCAGAGGGUUUGGCAGGUCCUCAGGGACUUCCUGGCCCGCCAGGUCCUGUCGGAGUCGCUGGAGAAGCUGGAAAACGAGGACAUGCUGGCUCCAGAGGACCUGUUGGUCCUCCCGGAUCAGCUGGAAAGAGAGGGCUUGUGGGACCCCAAGGACCACGGGGAGAUAAGGGUGAUUUGGGUGAUCACGGAGAGCGAGGGCAGAAGGGUCAUCGUGGAUUUACUGGUUUGCAGGGUCUUCCUGGACCUCCUGGUACAACAGGUGAACAAGGAGCUUCUGGAAUUAUUGGACCAAACGGUGCACGGGGGCCACCUGGUCCUAUUGGGCCCCCUGGAAAAGAAGGAUACAUAGGACAGCCUGGGCCGAUGGGACCUCCAGGAACUCGUGGAAUCUCAGGAGAAGCUGGACCAGAGGGCCCUCCAGGAGAACCUGGACCCCCAGGCCUUCCUGGACCACCAGGACCUCCUGUGGCAGCUAUGGAUGAUCUGUUUGGAGGCCCUCAUGACUACGAAGAUGCCCCCCCUCCUCCCCCUGAGUUCAGUGAGGAUGAGGCUCAACCCAACAACAACUCCACCACCAUCCUACCGGUGGAUCCCGGCGUGCAGGCCACCCUGAAAGCUCUCACCAGCCAGAUUGACAGUAUGAAGAGCCCAGAUGGCAGCAGGAAGCACCCUGCUAGGACCUGUGAUGACCUCAAGAGAUGCUACCCCUCAAAGAAGAGCGGUGAAUUCUGGGUGGACCCUAACCAAGGCAGUGCAGAGGAUGCCAUCCAAGUGUACUGUAACUUGGAGACCGGAGAGACCUGCAUCUCUGCCAACCCAUCCAGCCUACCUCGUAAAAACUGGUGGAGCUCUUCUAGGAACAAACCUGUUUGGUUUGGAGCUGAUAUCAACAGAGGAACACAAUUCACUUAUGGCAACAAAGACCAGUCAGCGAAUGCCCUCAGAGUCCAGAUGACCUUCAUUCGCCUUCUGUCCAAAGAAGCGUCUCAGUCCAUCACCUACCACUGCAAGAACUCUGUGGGCUACAAGGACCAGAAGACGGGUAACUUGAAAAAGGCUGUGCUGCUCAAAGCCUCCAAUGACCUGGAGCUCAAAGCAGAGGGAAAUAACCGCUUCAGAUACACCGUGGUGGAAGACUCCUGCACCCAAGCAAAUGGCAACUGGGGCAAGACAGUGUUUGAGUACAGGACACAGAAAACCGCCAGACUUCCCAUUGUGGAUAUUGCCCCUGUGGACAUUGGUGGUCCAAAUCAAGAGUUCGGUAUCGAUAUUGGGGCAGUGUGCUUCUUAUAAAAGGGGUGGGGGGCAAAUUGUCAGAGGGUAUAUGCACAUCCUGAGACUAUUGAACUGACAGCUGACCCAGAUCAGCCACAUUGUACAUACGAGUACUGAGGACUUUUCUGGCGCUGUGGCAAGAUAUUUAUUGUGCCUUUCAACUCAGAACACAACCAAAGAUUUGGAAGUUACACAUAGAAUGUUUCAAAAAUUUUGUUAAGAAUUGGUCAUGUCUGAAUCAUUCCUCUUUGUUUUACAAUGUAUGUCUUGACUUUGUAACUCAAAGGUCCAAAGUUCCCAGAUUUUUUUUUCCCACUAAAACGUAAAUGUCUAAAUAAAGAUCUAUGAAUUAGAAA